AUGAUCCUGAGGAAAUGCGUUUAUUGCAAAAGGAUACAAGGGCUUUUGUAUGGUGCUCCGAGUCAAAGUCAGCUACCAGAGUUUAGAGUUCAAGAGAAGCAUGCAUUUUCAUCUGUGGGUAUAGACUUCGCAGAUCCACUGUACAUAAAGUCCAGCUCUUCACCAUCAAGGAAGGUCUAUUUAGCCCUUUUCACGUGUGGGAUUUCACGAGCCGUGCAUCUAGAAGUAGUUCCAGACCUUUCUACAAGCGCCUUUCUUCAUUGUUUGAAGAGAUUUGUUAGCAGACCUGGAACGCCAAGUAUUAUCGUUACUGAUAACGCCAAGACAUUUAAGGCUGCUUCCAAACAAUUACAGGCUAUGUUAAAAUCCACAGAAGUGCGAACAUAUUGCAAUUCAAGAAGAAUAAAGUGGUACUUCAAUCUCGCUAAGGCACCGUGGUGUGGUGGGUUUUAUGAACGGCUAAUAAGAGGUUUCAAGUCAUGUUUGAAAAAAUGCAUCGGACAAGCAAGGCUAACAUACGACGAGCUUACCACAGUUGUGACGGAAAUCGAGGCAAUAUUUAUCUCAAUACCACUGACGUACCUUUACGAAAAUGAGCUCGAGGAGGCUUUGAUGCCAUCACACCUACUCGUAGGACGAAGAUUGUUAAGUCUAUUAGAAACACCCCAAGAAGAUGAUGACGAUGGUGGCUAUGGCGAGCAAGAUGAUGUAGCUAGGAGAAGACAGAGGUAUCUGAACACGGUCUUAGAUAACUACUGGAGACGAUGGAAGCGUGAAUAUUUAGUAGAUCUUAGAGAAUAUCACCGUCUAGAGAUUAAAAAGAGUCACGUUCCCGAAAUCAGUGAAGGCGACAUAGUUUCGAUAGAAGAUGAAAAUCGCAAAAAUAGAGCUACCUGGAAACUAGGAAAGGUCAAGGCCAUCAAGAAAGGGCAAGACGAGGUGAUUCGAGGAGCCCGCGUACGUUUAGCUAAUGGUAACUUUAUCGACCGUCCGAUUAAAAAAUCGUACCCUAUAGAAGUAAAUCAAAGACGCACAGUUACCGAAGUCGAGGAAGUAGAUCACAAAACAGAUGAAAGGCCAAAGCGAAAAGCCGCCAUGAUAGCGAAGGAGCGAAUCGAUAUUAUUGACCAGCUCGACUAUCUUAUGUGA